AUGUACUCGGCCCUCGACAAUGGACAUCCGACUUUCACCGACUUCCCUCUCGAGAAGCAGCAUAUGUGGUUUCAACAGUUUGCGAUUCCAAAGGGGAUGGACCCCGACGUCUGGUGGGAGUUGGGUGUGCAUUGGAGUAAGAACGAAGUGAGAGCAACUUCUUCCACCAACUCCACCAACCGCAAGAGCGACCGUAAGGGGAAGGGCAUGUACAUCCAUAACUUGGGUGCUCAAUCUUUAGCCAGUCUGGGGGAUCGCUUGGCGGAAGAAAAUGAGGGGGAGCCGGUUGAUCAUCUCACCCUAAUAAAGACGGCGUAUACCAACAAGAAGACCGGCGAGAUUGAUGAUGGUGUUGUGAGGGAUGUGGUCACCCUCAUCGACAGUCAGAUGGAAGAGGAAGUGUCUCAGCUUCAAACCGAGGAUAACGAUUCGACGGGAUCGACCGGCUUGCCUCGGGUUCGGAUCAACCAAAUCGUUGAAGCGGUAAGUUCUUUUUUUAAAGUUCAAUUCAUUUUUUAUAUUAUUUAAAUUUGACACUUUCUUUUUCAGUCGGUUCCAAAGAAGAAGGGCCGUUUGUUCGGUUUGGCUCGUCGGUCCAACUCGGUUCCAUCUGCUUCUGCACCACCGUCCUUUGUUGAUCAAGAAGUCCUUCUGAAUCAGAUGAGGGACAAGGAUGCUCGCAUAUCUGCGUUGGAGUCCAUGGUGACGAGUCAAGAGGCGGGCUGGGAGGCACAGAGGAAGCU